AUGAAAAAGAACUGCGGACCAUCUUCUGUGAAUGAUGCUACGGAGAAUUUGGUGAGGAAAAUGUCGUCGAUGGGGGGCUACCAGCCGCAGAAGGCUACUUCUUCUUCGCAAAAGAAGUUGAGACUACCUGCGGCACAAUCGCAGCCAAUGCCUGCCAAGCAGGGGAUGCCUGGUGCGCCUUUGAGCCAGAAAAUCCUUCUCCCGGGGAAGGCAGUAGCAGCCCCUGCGAAAAAGGUUGCACUUCCUACAGCAGCUGCUGCCGCUGUGAAAACGGUGAGGACGCUUCCGCCCAUGCCGAGGAACGCAGAAGUUGUACUUCCUCGGAGAAACACUGCAGCUCCUCCAAAUGCAGGUAUAAAAAGAGUUUUUAUCAUACCAAAUCAUUAUUCUGUAUUAUUGAGAUACGUUGCUACUUUAUUCGUCUGUUAUGUUACAGCGCAACCUGGACCAUUAGCUCGACUGAACCUUCUGUUAUCGGAGACCCAAGAAUUGAAGGAUAAGAUAAAGUAA